CGACGCAUCCCGCCCCCGCUCUGUCGCUUUAAGCUGGUCCCGCCGCUGCGCCCCGCCCUCACCCCUCCGCGCUCCGCGGCUCCCAGCCGCUUCUCCCGCUCCUCCCCUGCUCAGCCCUCUUCUCCUCCUCCCGCUCCUCCUCCCGCUCCUCCGCGCCACCGCCAGCCCCGCUGCGCGCUCUGCUCUUCGCAGCUCCCCGGACCCGCAGCCAUGGCCGACAUCAAGACGGGCAUCUUCGCCAAGAACGUCCAGAAGCGACUCAACCGCGCGCAGGAAAAGGUCCUCCAGAAACUGGGGAAAGCUGAUGAGACAAAAGACGAACAGUUCGAAGAAUAUGUCCAGAACUUCAAACGGCAAGAAGCAGAGGGUACCAGACUUCAGCGAGAACUCCGAGGAUAUUUAGCAGCAAUCAAAGGCAUGCAAGAGGCCUCCAUGAAGCUCACGGAAUCGCUACAUGAAGUCUAUGAGCCGGAUUGGUAUGGGCGGGAAGAUGUGAAAAUGGUUGGCGAGAAAUGUGAUGUGCUGUGGGAAGACUUCCAUCAAAAACUUGUGGAUGGGUCCUUGCUAACACUGGAUACCUACCUGGGGCAAUUUCCUGACAUAAAGAAUCGCAUCGCCAAGCGCAGCAGGAAGCUGGUGGACUACGACAGUGCCCGCCACCAUCUGGAAGCUCUGCAGAGCUCCAAGAGGAAGGAUGAGAGUCGAAUCUCUAAGGCAGAAGAAGAAUUUCAGAAAGCACAGAAAGUGUUUGAAGAGUUUAAUGUUGAUUUACAAGAAGAGUUACCAUCAUUAUGGUCAAGACGAGUUGGAUUUUAUGUGAAUACUUUCAAAAACGUCUCCAGCCUUGAAGCCAAGUUUCAUAAGGAAAUUGCGGUGCUUUGCCACAAACUGUAUGAAGUAAUGACGAAACUGGGUGACCAGCAUGCCGACAAGGCCUUCACCAUCCAAGGAGCGCCCAGUGAUUCGGGUCCUCUCCGCAUUGCAAAGACGCCAUCACCACCUGAGGAGCCUUCACCACUCCCGAGCCCAACAGCAAGUCCAAAUCAUACAUUAGCACCUGCAUCUCCUGCACCAGCACGGCCUCGGUCGCCUUCACAGACAAGGAAAGGGCCUCCUGUCCCACCUCUACCUAAAGUCACCCCGACAAAGGAACUGCAGCAGGAGAACAUCAUCAGUUUCUUUGAGGACAACUUUGUUCCAGAAAUCAGUGUGACGACACCUUCCCAGAACGAAGUCCCUGAGGUGAAGAAAGAGGAGACUUUGCUGGAUCUGGACUUCGAUCCUUUCAAGCCCGAGGUGACACCUGCAGGUUCUGCUGGAGUGACCCACUCACCCAUGUCUCAGACAUUGCCCUGGGACCUAUGGACGACAAGCGCUGAUUUGGUACAGCCGGCUUCUGGUGGUUCAUUUAAUGGAUUCACACAGCCCCAGGAUACUUCAUUAUUCGCAAUACAGACAGACCAGGGUAUGAUCUGCAACUUGAUCAUACCUGGAGCUGAUGCUGAUGCAGCUGUUGGAACCUUGGUGUCAGCAGCUGAGGGGGCCCCAGGAGAGGAAGCAGAAGCAGAGAAGGCCACUCUCCCUGCUGGGGAAGGAGUAAGUUUAGAGGAGGCCAAAAUUGGAACGGAAACCACUGAGGGUGCAGAGAGUGCCCAAGCUGAAGCAGAGGAGCUGGAAGCAACAGUGCCUCAGGAGAAGGUCAUCCCUUCAGUGGUCAUAGAGCCUGCCUCCAACCAUGAAGAGGAGGGAGAACAUGAAAUAAUUAUAGGUGCAGAGCCCGAGGAGACCACCGAGGACAUGGCUCCUCUGGGCCCCACCAGCGAGACGCCAGAGCUGGCUACGGAGCAGAAGCCCCUGCAGGACCCUCAGCCAAUGCCUUCUGCACCAGCCGUGGGGACUGCUGACCAGCUAGCAUCUGUAAGGGAGGCCUCUCAGGAAUUGCCUCCUGGCUUUCUCUACAAGGUGGAAACACUGCAUGAUUUUGAGGCAGCAAAUUCUGAUGAACUUACCUUACAAAGGGGUGAUGUGGUGCUGGUGGUUCCCUCUGAUUCAGAAGCUGAUCAGGAUGCAGGCUGGCUGGUGGGAGUGAAGGAAUCAGACUGGCUUCAGUACAGAGACCUUGCCACCUACAAAGGCCUCUUUCCGGAGAACUUCACCCGACGCUUGGAUUAGGGCAACAAGUAUUGCAAGAAAGAGCUCAGUUACUGGGUUUUUAAACCUCCAUGAAAACCUGAAGAGUUCACUUUUGCUAUUAUGCUCUUAAUGAUUUACGGACUGAUGCCAGACGAACCUUGGGAAGAUGUAUCAAUGGCGUAUGUGUGCAAAAAAAAAAAAACGUAAAAGAAAAGUAAAUUAAGGAAAAAAUCCUCACUCGUUCCCAUGUUGUCAAUAACAGGUUUGUUUGUGCUUUGUCCAAGCUGUGGACUCUUGUACUUGAUCCCCUCCCACCAAUUCUAAAGUAGCUUUCUCCAGAUCAGACUUUUAUUUCUCUGCAUCAGGUGUAUGGUAUUGAAUGGCUGCCCUGCAGAAGAUGUGAUGAAUUAUCCUGUGGUACAAGAUUAUCUUAUUCCCCUGCCCAGGUGUGAGCACGUGCUCUCGCUCCCUUUCAGGUUUACUGUGUUUAAAACUAAACUGCUGCAAAAGUUCUCAAUGUUAUUUUCCAACACAUCUAUAUGUGUAUAUAUAUGGACACACAGUCAUGCAAGCUAGUUCCCAUGACUCUUGGAUCUAUGUGUAUGCAGAAGGCUACAUAUACAUAGUUGCUUUCUUUCCUUUCCAUUGUAACUCUUUGCCUCUCAAGUGUCAUUGAUACAUGCAUUGCUCUUAUUCUGACUGGCAUUACAGUCGCAGUUUUGCCUCAUGGCAAAACCAGCCAUCCCAUUGCCAAAACAGUCAACAGUAUCUGUGUUUGUACUGUGCAGUUUUCAGGAUGAGAUGACAGAUAGCAUGACCACACUGAGGCCCCCUCAGAGAAAGCAGGGCCUGAUUUAUCUAGCUGUCCAGCCGCUGUGGCUGGAGGUAGGCUAGCUGGGAUGGGCAGCUAAGUAGUCUUCUCUUCUGCCUUUAUGAGAUUGGGUAGAAAGAUGGGGCAUAUUCAUCCACCCCCAAAAGAACACUAUAAAAACAGCUCCUCUAUAUUUCCACCUCUUUCUAUUUAUGCAACUCAUCUUCACAAAUUGUUCUAAAGUAAAAUAGAUGGUGUAUGCUGUAUCCACAAAUCAUCUGUAACAAUUAUGUUUUCAGUGCUGUGUCAUUCCAAAUAAACCUUUGGUAAUCUCCAAUGAUUACCCUAA